AUGUCUCGGAUCAUUGGUGAACAAAUACAACAUAUUAAGAAGACGGUUGAACAAUUACAUAUUCGGGAGUCAAAUGAUAGUCCUGUUGGUACAUUAACUCGACAAUAUGGUUUCAUGAAAUUCAAUGAUGAUGAACUUGAUGAAACUACUCGUCUUUCACAAUAUAUUCGUUUAGCUCUUGUUACAGAUGCUGAAACAGUUGUUAAAUUUAUGAAGGAUGCUUGGCGUUUACGUACACCUGAUCUAAUUAUUUCAAUAGCUGGUGGUGCUACACGUUUUGAUCUUUCAGCGCGUCUUAAAAAAGCUUUUCAACUUGGUUUAGUUUCAGCUGCUGCAACUACAAAUGCAUGGAUCAUUACUGCUGGAAAAAAUACAGGUGUCGUCAAAGUAGUUGGUGAAGCUCUUAGUAAAUAUCGUUAUAAGCAUCAAAAAGAUGGCAUUGAUAUCCCGUGUAUUGGUAUUGCUAGUUGGGGUUAUACAGCAGGUAAAGACCAACUUGAUCGAUCAAUGUCAAUAAAAAGUAAUUAUGGUAAUAUAAUUGAUGCAAAUGGGACAAAUAUUUCAUCAAAAAAAUAUCAACAUAAUAUAGCUAUUGACGCUAUUCAUAUGACCGGAGAUGCAGUCUAUGCUAUACAAACAUAUGUUGUUAAAGAGAAAGCAGAAAAUACAUGCGAUUUAGAACCAAAUCAUACACAUUUUUUAUUGUUUGAUGAUGGUACAUCAAAAGCAGAACAUGUUCUUUCAUUACGAGCCGGUAUUGAAAUGUAUUCAAGACGUAUAAAUACAGAAGAAACAAUAGAAGGAGCUGUACAUACACUUAUACCUGUUGUCAUGGUUCUAUUUGAAGGUGGUCGAUCAUCAAUUCAAACUCUAUGUGAAGCACUUGAUUCAAAUACUCCAGUUGUAGUUGUUAAAGAAUCUGGUCGUGCUGCUGAUCUAGUAGCUGAUUUACAUGCAUGUUUUUCAAAAAAUGAUAUCGGUUAUACAUGUGAUUAUGAUAAUGAGAAUGUUCAGAAUUCAUCUCGAGUGAAUUUUGCUAAAACUGAUUUACAUAUAGCUGAAAUUGAUGUAAUAUUUGCAAAAGCGCGUCUACACAGUCCAUGGGUUGAUAGUGUUAAAGAUGAUUUAUGUCGAAUAUUAAAUAAGUGUCAUCACCUUGUAACUAUAUUUAAUUUUGACAGUGAACAAUAUCAUGGAAAAUUAGAAGAAUCUAUACUUGAAGCUGUAUUUAAUGCUGCAAAAAUAUCUCAUGAAUCAAAUGAACAACAUCGAUCUGCGGCUGAAUUGAAAUUAGCAUUAGAUGAAGACCUUCGUCAAGCUUUACUCGAUGCUUUUCGUCGUGGAUAUGUCGAUUUUAUUGAACUCUUUAUUGAAUAUGGAAUAACUCUUGAAAAAUUAACUAUUAAAGAUCUUGAAUAUUUAUAUACAAGUGCAUCUGUAGAUAAAGCGUUACCAUUAAGACAGAUUGGAUAUACUGCAUUGACACGAGAUAAAUUUUAUACAUACAAUGACAAAAAUGUACCAUUGGAAAAUUAUGCUGUACGUGAGCUAUUUUUCUGGGCUAUAUUUCUUGAUCGAUUUGAUCUUGUAUUAUAUCUCUGUUCAAAAACAUGGAAUCAAUCGGUUGCUCCAUUAUUUGGUGCACGAAUCUAUCGAAGUGCAGCGGCGAUGACACUUGAUUCUGAAACUAAGGAGCAAUAUGAAAAAAAUGCUACUAAACUUGAUAAAUAUGCUGCAUCGAUUAUUGAUCGAUGUUUUGAGAUUGAUAGAGAUUUUGCAUUUAAUAUUCUAACACGACCUGCUGAUGCGUUUUAUAAUAUAUAUCCGUUGAAAUUAGCAUUACAAGCAAAUUGUCGAGCAUUUCUUGGUUCAAAAUGUGUACAAAAAUAUCUUGAUAAUGAAUGGUUUGGAAAUAUUAAUUACAAACGACAAAAUAUUCAUAUACGACUCUUCCUUUGUACCAUUUGUAUUCCGUUGUUACCGUUUUUUUGUGGUACUUUACCUUAUUUACAUCGACGUCAACCGUUCAAUCCAAAUUCUACUAUUCGUUCCAAGAAUCCCAAUUCUGAUCCAAAUCCUACCAAUACAACUAAUAUCCAAUGGUCUGAAAAAAUUAUUUAUUUUUAUAAAGCACCAAUUGUUAGAUUUUAUUAUAAUCUUAUUUUUUUUUUCAUUUUUCUUGGAUUAUUCAGUUAUGUUCUUCUCGUUGAUUAUUUUCCUUUAAAUACCUAUCAUGGACAUCAUUCAAGUACAAAAGAUUUACCAUUACCAAUUAUAGAAAUUUGUCUUCAUAUUUGUGUAUGGGGAAUCAUUAUUGAAGAAAUUCGUCAAUUUUUUUCAAUUCAUUCAUAUGUUGAAUAUUUGGCUGAUAUAUCAAAUAUAAUUGAUAUUACUGCUAUUAUUUUAUAUCUGUUUGGUUUUAUGACAAGAUUUAUAGUUAUCGAAACAUUUUUUAUGAUUUCCAAAAUUACUUUUGGUCUUGAUCUUAUUCUUUGGUAUAUAAGAAUACUUCAUUUAUUCGCUGCUUAUGAACGAUUGGGACCAAAAUUAAUUAUGAUAUUUAAUACGAUGAAAGAUUUACUUUUCUUCGUAUUGACAUGGAUUUAUGACAAUAAUGGAAAAUUAUUGAAUAUAACAAUAGUCGAUAAUGAUUCACAUACAUGGGAUUGGAAAUUAUUACGAGAUAUGACGAAUUAUGGUGUUUGGAAAGUUUUUGGACAAGUUGAACCGAUCGAAAGUGACAAUUCAUAUUCAGCAGUCGCAUUUGUCUUAGCCAUUCUAUUUGUUACAAUAUCUAAUGUGCUUCUUCUUAAUGUACUUGUUGCUUUAUUCAAUGUUACUAUUCAAAAUGUUCAAGAUCAAUCACGUAAUUUAUGUUUAUUUCCACCUCCAUUUAAUACAUGUUUUUGUCUUGUUGCCACUGUAAUACAUUUUAUUACACGUCAUCAAGAACGAUAUCGAACUCAUCAAUCUAUUAGCGACGAAAAACAGUCGAUUGAUAUUGUUAGAGUAGUAAAUAACUCAUCUGAUCAACAAUUCAAAAUUACUGAUUUAAUGAAACGUGAGAGUGCAAUAGCUGAAGACUUUUGGAGUGAUUUAUUGAAACAAAUUGAAGAACAAAAGAAAUGA